AUGUCAACUACUGCUACUCUACAUUUACAAUCAAGUCCAAUUGAUAAGGAAAUUGAAAACUUAAUCAAGUCAUCAAAAGACCUUGCUGUUGGGGUGGGUGAAAAGUCGUCUAACCAAUUUGGGCCUGACCCAGCCGGACUAGACAUCCUACCCGAAAACACUAAAGAGAGACUUCUGGCGGCCGGGAUUGAUAUCUCUGAGGGCUAUCCAUGGAAGCCAGACAAGUCUCGUGUUCCAGUUUUUCUGGACGAGGCUACCGCAAUCCGUGAUGAUGACUACGAGUAUGUUGAGAGGGGCAAGAAUGCCGAUCCUGAAAAAAAGGCAUUGUUUGGAGCGGCUACAGCGGUCAUCAAUUUGACUAAGCAUGUUGGAACAGAAAUUGUUGGACUGCAGCUUGAGGAUUUAAACGACAAACAGAAGGAUGAACUGGCUCUUUUGGUUGCCGAAAGAGUCGUUGUUUUCUUUAGAGACCAAAAAUUAUCCCCACAAAAGCAGCUUGAACUUGGCGACUACUGGGGGCGGGCUGAGAGACAUCCUCAAUUUUCUCAGGUGAAUGGACUGCCUGGGGUUUCUGUGAUUUGGGUCGAUUAUUUCCGCAAAAGCCUUGGAUUGAAUUUGACUUAUAAGAACAACAGUCUCGGUAAUUGGGACGCGCAGAAGAAUACUGUCUGGGGACCUCAGGUGUGGCAUACCGAUAUUGUUCAUGAGAAGCGGCCAUCUGGAAUUACUCAUCUACAUUUGGAUGCCAUUCCAAAUGUUGGAGGCGACACUUCCUGGGCCUCUGGAUACGCUGCGUACGAUAAGCUUUCUGAAUCCUUCAAAAAGUUUUUAGACGGUAAGAAGGCUGUAUACGUGUCUGCUCACGGCUACUUAGACAGAAAAAACCCAUUCUCUGGACCAAAAAAAAUCGAAAGAGUCCAUCCCUUGGUUAGAACUCAUCCUGCUACCGGUUGGAAAUUUUUGUACGUCAACCGGACUAUGACAAAACGAAUCCUGGGUGUUUCCUCUGUCGAGUCUGAAUUGAUUCUGAACUAUUUGUUUGAGGUCUACGAGAAAAAUGCUGAUAUUCAAGCUCGGUUUAAAUGGACUCCAUCCUCAAAGCCUGGGUAUGGAACUUCCGCUAUCUGGGAUAACAGAGUUUCUCAGCAUUCGGCAGCCUGGGACCACGAGGGCAACGAAUCCCGCCACGGGACAAGAGUCACGUCUCUCGCGGAAAUCCCAUACUUUGAUCCAGAAUCGAAAUCUCAGCGUGAAGCUUUAGGUUUAUCUCUGGAUGAAAAAGACUUUUUUUAG